AUGGGAAAGACAAUUGAUGACCGUCCAGCUUAUUUGAGCUCCGACGAUGCCAAAUACUCUCUAGGUGUUCAUCGCGGGCCAUUAGCCACCAUCGUGGGCCUUGAAGAUGGUACAAAGCUGGAGAAGGUCGAUACAGCGGGCGGUCUCUCUCUGGCCACCAACCAAACGCGAAAAGCAAAGUUCGCGCGCCAUUGGAAGCGAUUUUGGUGCUGCUACCUGAUUGGAAAUGUCAUUUUCCUGGCUAUUUUCUUACCGGUCUUCUUCUUGGUCGCUAUCCCGGCCAUUUCACAGCUCGUCGUCAACAAGUCGAAUUUGGUGCUGGUCAGCGCAGCCGUUAUGCAGCCUCUGCCCAAUACAAUGCAGCUCACAUUGCAAUCGGCGUUGGAUUUGAAAAUCGCGCUUCCCGUUCGCAUUGAUCCAAUGGAAUUGAGCUUGUUCGUCCGUGACAACGGCGUAGAAAACCCAUGGGGUGUGGCUAAUUUAACCGGCAUGACUAUUCGCGGAAAUACCACCUUGGGUGUGACCGAUCAAUACACACCUAUUCUCAACGCGACCACUUGGACUGAUUAUGUUCGGGAGGUGGUUUUCAACAAAGAGACUGCCUUGUCAAUUAAGGGCACGACCGAUUCAUUUCUGGGCGUGCUGAAGUCGAAAGUUACCAUGAAUAAGGACGUGACUUCUCCGACACUGGACAGUUUCAAGGGGUUCAGUAUCACCGAUACCUCGCUUGUUCCCACGCGCUCAGAUGGUACUAAUCUGAUUGGAAAUGUCACCUUGCCAAAUCCGUCCAUUCUGACUCUUGAGAUUGGCACUAUUGUCCUUGAUGUCAAGAGCGGCGAUUUGGUCAUUGGAAACGCCACGGUCGCGGAUUUGACCCUGAAGCCCGGAAACCACGCGAACGCCAUGACCGGAACUCUGGAUAUCGGGCUCAUUCUUAAGAAUAUCGGUACCGUGCUUUCUGACCAAGCUUCAUCCAUCAAAAAUGGCAGCCUCAGCCUCACAUCCGUCACUCGCGAGGUAACUUACAACGGCACCCGCGUCCCAUACUAUUCCGAAGUGAUGUCCGAGCUCCCUCUCACAGCUGAUGUGAACAUCGCCACCACCCUGAAAAACACCAUUAAGAGCUUCCUCGGCUCCGGUUCCGGACGAAACUAUACUGAAAUGCUCGCCUAUCUUAAGAACCACACCUCCAGCGAUAGUGGCAGCUCUCUUCUUGCGGACUUGAAGGAAGGCCUGCAGUCACUGGAAAGCAGAGAUGUCACUCCCGAAGAGGAUUAUAACGAUGAUUUCGACUCCACCAAGACUCUCGCCAAGGCCUUGAAGCGAAAUAUCCAUGUCCGCGAUCUUUUCCAAGAUGAGCACCCCAUCAAACGCGACGCCAUGAUUGACUCGUUAGUCGGGUGGGUUGCGAAUCAGCAGUAA